UUGUUUUUUCUAAUAAGCGCUUCCCUCCACAUCUAUAUCCGAACCAAGUUCCCUCCCUUUCAACCUUCCCUCGUUUUCUGCUCUCGUUUUCUCUCUGAAUCUCUCCCGUUUUUCUCCAUUUUUUCUGAGAAUCCAAACGCUCAGAUCUCUCCAAGCUCCUCCUUCUUCUUCCACAAAUUCCGUUCCUGUUCUUAUUUCCAUCAAUUUUCCCCAAUUGCACCUAAAACCCCAAACUCACUCCAUUUUCCCUCUCUUUCUCUGACCUUCUAACCCAAAUCCGCAAUACACCAGGACCUCACUCGAUCUUUGCUUCCCCUUCUCUUCAACCCUGCUCUAUGUCGGGUUCUCGAGCUCCUAACUCCUCUGGCCAACUGUCUGAGCAGAUCAUGCACUCUCUUAAGCGCCAACUCCCUUUCUCUUCCAUGAAACCACCAUUUGCAUCUCCUGGGGACUAUCACCGCUUCGCCCCCGACCCUCGACUUCCCGAUCAAGAACCUGAUGCCAUCGUAGUCAAAUCUUCACAGUUGAAGCGGAAGAGUGAGGUAGCAGAUUAUGAAGCUGAGUCGACUGAUAGAGCAGCUGGCCCUAGAUUUACUGAGGUAGUUAACAGUCCCCAUCAAACACCUGUAUCUGUCAAAGGAGGAAAGGGAAGCAAAUCAAGGUUUACCAAAUGCAGUAGAUCAGGGCCACAGACUCCCAUGUCAAAUGUUGGUUCACCUUCUACAAACAAUCUUACUCCAGCUGGUCCAUGCCGUUAUGAUAGUUCUCUCGGUCUCUUGACAAAGAAGUUCAUUAAUCUGAUUAAACAAGCGGAAGAUGGUAUUCUUGAUCUAAAUAAAGCAGCUGACACGUUGGAGGUACAAAAAAGACGAAUAUAUGAUAUAACAAAUGUCCUCGAGGGAAUUGGUCUCAUAGAAAAGAAGCUUAAGAACAGAAUUCAGUGGAAGGGGCUUGAUGUCUCAAGGUCAGGGGAUGUUGAUGACAAUUAUGCUGGUCUACAGUUACAUGUGCAGGCAGAAGUAGAGAACCUUACCAUGGAGGAGCGUGGAAUAGACGAACAAAUAAGAGAGAUGCAGGAAAGAUUAAGGGACCUCAGUGAAGAUGAGAACAACCAAAGGUGGCUUUUUGUAACCGAGGAAGACAUCAAGGGUUUGCCCUGUUUCCAGAAUGAAACUCUCAUAGCUAUUAAAGCUCCCCAUGGAACCACUUUAGAAGUUCCAGAUCCCGAUGAGGCUGUUGACUACCCCCAAAGGAGGUACAGGAUAGUCCUCAGAAGCACCAUGGGACCCAUAGAUGUUUACCUUGUUAGUCAGUUUGAAGCUAAGUUUGAGGAGAUAAAUGCUGUGGAAGUGCCCCCAAGUUUGCCGUCAAGUUCAGGAUUGAAUGAAGCACCUGCAACAACGAUCGUAACAGAGGAUACCAGGGGAAAGGAAAUUGAAACGCGGGAGCAAGAUGUACACAGAAUGUGCUCCGAUCUAAAUGCUUCACAGGACUUCGUGGGUGGAAUUAUGAAAAUUGUUCCCUCGGUUGUAGAUAGUGAUGCUGAUUACUGGCUCUUGUCUGAUGCUGAUGUUAGUAUCACUGACAUGUGGAGAACUGAACCUAGCGUUGAGUGGAAUGAAUUGGGUACAUUUCAUGAAGAUUACAGUAUCGGCAAUGUCAGCUCACCCCAAACCCAGACUCCACUUCCCAAUGAUGCACCUGAUUUGCCUUCUGCUAAUCCUUCUAGCAGCUGAAACUGUACGGGGUAUCUGUUGAGAUGUAACUGAUAAUCAAUGCUACGGUUGUGCAAGAACUUGUAUAAUGUAUGAUCCUCGUGAUCCUUACUUAGGUCCCCUGGGGACUGGAACCGAUGAUCUCAGAUUGGAACCAGCCUCCAUGAUAAUUCCUAGAGAAGGUCCUCUAACCAAAAAGCUGGAGAGGAAACUGCUGAUGGGAAGGGCUACCGUGUACAGUUUAGUACAAAAAUGUGUAGUAAAUAAAAUAGCCAUUUCUGCAUUGUAAUAUUCUUUGUUCCAUGAUAAGAAUAGCAUGUGCACGACAUUCAUUUAAGACAAGUUUAGUUUCAGUUCAAUUUA